CACUUACUUUGGACCGAGUGGGAGUUAAAAACUCGCAGACAGCCAGUCACUCGGCGAUGCUUAUACGACACCACGCCAGAGAUUGAUCACCGACCACCAGGACCGAUCGCCCCGCCAGCAGAGCCCCGCAGCGCCGCGGAGAAACCACAGCAGCGUGCCCCCCUCUCUGAGCUCCAGGAAGAAGAAGCAAAGAUGUCAGAGAGGAGAGGUCAGAAGAAGUCCAUCUUUCUGUCCUCAUUGUUGUUGUGUUGUAUGUUUGCUAGUGCCGAGUAUUCUAGCUGUGGAGAGUACGAAUUCUUCAAUCAGACCAGUAACAGUUGCCAGGCCUGCCCUCAGUGCCAACCAGGACAAGAGCCGCAUGUACAGACCUGUGGCUACGGUGUGAAGGAUGAGGACUUUGCCUGCGUGCCGUGUCCACAUGGGAAAUAUUCCAAAGGGAAGUAUGAGAUCUGCAGACGUCAUAAAGACUGCGACGCCCUCUACAAAGCCACCGUUCGCAUGGCGGGAACUCCGGACAGCGACGCUGAAUGUGGACCCUGUUUGCCAGGGUAUUACAUGCUGGAAAACAGACCCAGGAACCUCUACGGGAUGGUUUGCCAUUCCUGCCAGAACGCACCACGCAACACCAAAGAAUGCAUGUCAACCAGCGGGCCAAGAGAAAAACAUAUCAUUGACCCCGGCAGCACUACCGUGUUCCCUCAUCUACAUAAAGAUUCCAACGGACAAGGUCACCUAGCAACGGCUCUCAUUAUCGCCAUGUCAACCAUUUUCAUCAUGGCCAUCGCCAUCGUACUCAUCAUUAUGUUUUAUAUCCUGAAGGCCAAACCGAGUGGUCAUGCAUGUUGUUCUGGACAAGUUGUGAAGACGGUGGAAGCUCAGACCAACAAACAGGAAGACAAGAAAGACGUCCCUGACAAUGUGGUGAUCUACUCAGAGAAAGAUGAGUUUGACAAACUAAAAGCUCCUCCUCAGAAGACGGUGAAAAGUGAAAAUGAUGCGUCAUCAGAGAACGAGCAGCUGUUGAGCCGCAGCAUUGACAGCGACGAGGAGGCGGCUUCUGACAAGCAAGGAUCUGCCGACACCAACCAUCCCAACCCGUGCCUCGUCAACCUGGGGAACAAGCCCGACCUCUGUCUGCUCUCUCUGGGCCUCUUGGAACGGGACAGGUCCUGCAACGGGGCCCCGCCCAUGUCAGGAGGACAGGCCAAUAACAUCCAGAGUCCCAACCACAUUGGCAACGGCAACCACAUCACCAGCACCAACCACAUCAACAGCGUGAACGCAAUCAACAACAACAAUAAAACCCCGGGGAUGCUUCAGAGCCGAAGGAAAAAGAUCCUGGAUCUGUAUGGCAGAGCCUGCAAUGUGACGGAGGGCCUGAGCCCCACGGAGCUUCCCUUCGACUGUCUGGAGAAGGCCAGCCGCAUGCUGAGCUCCUCCUACAGCAGCGAGGCGGCCGUGGUGAAGACGUGGAGGCAUCUGGCCGAGAGCUUCGGGCUAAAGCGCGAUGAGAUCGGUGGCAUGAGCGACGGCCUACAGCUCUUCGAGAGAGUGAGCACGGCGGGUUACAGCAUCCCCGACCUCCUGACCCGCCUGGUACAGAUCGAGAGGCUUGACGCGGUGGAGUCGCUCUGCUCGGACGUGUUGGGCGGCAGCGAGAUGGCGGCGGCUGCAGGACGGCAGGGCAACAGCAGCUUUCACAGCCAGUUGGUCUGUCCGUCCACAUGCCAAUCCCCGUCCCAACGCUGCGCCAGCGUGUAAACAUGUGGUGGAACAGAGACUUGAGAGACUCGGACGCCUUACAGUAUACAUGUGUGUAAGGACAGAUACUGCUCUGACAAAGAGGACAGCACAUAUACAGUAUACACCUUAACCCCAUCACAUGAAGAAUGUCAGUGGACCUCCCAGUGCACCAUCCUUUCUUUCCUAUUAUGCCUUUUCUCUGUCAGGAAGCAAGUCAUCUGAAAUACUUUGCACGGCCUUAAUGUUCUGUCUUUACCAAAGUGCAAGAGUUUGAGAAAGACAAAAAUCAGACCAAUGAUUAAGAUUAUUUUCUAGUUUUCUAGUUCAGAUAUUAAAUAAUGAGAAAUAGUUUUGUUUUUCUCCAAGGCUAAAGAAUAUGUGCAAAGAAUAGCUAGAUUAAGUGUGCGCUGGACGCAACACCAUUACAAUUUUGUGGCCUUUUCCCAAAAAGUUUUUAUACAAAAUUUUGUAUGCAGAUAAAAAAAAAAAAAAAACAUGUUUAAAGAUGCAAUGGGGUAAUGAUAGAAAUGGUCACUAAGCAGCACCACUGCAGAAAUGCCAAUGAAGUGCCUUUUUUGAAGGCACGCCGCAUUAUAAGUGGAAGGAAUGAAGAUGCCUUCUUAGUUCUCCUCUCACUAAACCUUCUGAUCAGUGCAAAAACCUUCAGUUUAAUCCCAGAGCUGAUGUAACUAGAUGUUUGUGGUCGCAUAAAGAAAGCGACCUGGUAGGAUGGCAGCAUCAGUAACUGUGUUCAUCAUACAGGAAAGACAGCAGUGUGAGCUCCCUAUUUAAAGUGCAAUCAUUAUGGCCUGCUUGAAAUGGUAAAACAUCACUCAGACACACACACACUAUUGAUAUAUAUAAUUAUAUAUAUUUAUAAAUCUGAAUGUUAAUCUGAAAAACUACUCUGCUUAUCAUGUUCUGCCUAAAUCCACAUGCAAAACCACUUUCCCCAACUUUAACACACACAAACCAGCAUACUCUAACACCAACUACUUCCAGUGACCCACUCUGUGACCCGCCCCCCCCCUCUCCUCAUAAUUCUUCCUCUCCCCUCUUAUUACCCUUUUACCCCAAUGUUGCGGUCUAGUGUUGCCGCCAGCCCUAAUUAUUUGGCGUGUGGCUCCCCGGGCCCCUAAUAGUCUGAAGUGUUGUGGUUUACAGAGCGGGUGCAAAGUGCCUGUGAUUUCCAGCACCCAAUUAAGCAUUUAGGGCCACUUAACCACUGAAGGCCCAGUGGAAAUGCUGUUAAAAACCCUGUAUUAAAAAGAGAGAUGCCAUGGCAGAGGCAUGACUAAAGGCCCCCGGGGGGUUACUGCACAGUGAACGGUUACAAGAAUGCAGCCCGUUGUGGUGGAAGCAGCGCUACGGUUGUCCCAUAACGUCUGACCUUACUCAGCUUUUGUGGUCGGCUCAGUCAUGCUCAGACAGGAUUUAUGCUCCCCUCUCCCCUACGGGACCAAUAUGGCAAAUGAGAACAAUAUGCAGUUAUGUGGGUUGUCCACCUCUUAAAAGCAGCUGAAGACGGUUAAGUGUUGUACGUGCAGAAAAUGAGGGUGGCUCCGAGAAGCAUCGAGUUAAACGUUGUGAGGAGCGUCUCAUUUAAGCCCAUCAGAGCCAUGUUGAUAGUUCUGUUGUUCACAGGUAAGACCCCUAUAGGUCAUCGUCCGGCUUUCUCUAGCUGUUUAACUCAGCAGUAAGCUCCAAAUACUAACUUUAACAAGCAUUGCCAAGAACAUACUUGGAUCCCUUUUCUCAGAAAUGGGACUGAUCUUUAUCUGAAGUCUGAUGUUGUCAGCAUAAUGUCCCACAACUGCUCUGCACCAAACCAAACACAUUUCCUGUUGCCAAGUUCUUUUUCCAAUGAUCUUUUGUUGAUAUUUCACCUUGCAAUCUCUGGGGCUGGGCUCCAGUACUUUAAAUUAAUUGGUGUGCAUGUUUAUCAAACAUGUAUUUAAAUUCUUUUUACCUUAAAAAACUGCUUUCUUAGAGCAGAGUUGCCUUCAUCAAUUCCAAUUCAAUUCAACACAAGUUGAAUUAGUUAUUGUUGUGAUGCUUUGUUAAUAAUUAAAUUUGUGCAUUGAAUAUACAUUUUAUGGACCCACACCCUUGUUUCAGACAGGCAAACAUGGAUCACUUACCUCAGUAGCACAUACAGUAUAAAACAUAUAGCAACACAAACCAACUCAUCACAGAGCCAAAG